AUGCAGGAAGUGGCGCUGAAAGAGGGCGCCGGCGCUUCGCAGCGCGCGGCUGCGGCCGCCGCGCCCCCUCCGCAGCAGCAGCAGCGCAGCAGCAGCAGCAAACUGCUGCAGUCGCUGAAGUCGCUGCUGCCGCGCAGCGACCUGCCCGGCGCGCAGCAGCCCACGCCCUGGGGGCUGAACAGGUACGUGAUCCUGGCGAUCUACCUGGUGUACGUACUGCUGACGGGCUGCGUGUACUUCGGCUGGGCCUCGAUAUCUUCGCUGCUGCUGCGGGCCUCCAGCUUUUCGCACUUGUGCGAAAAAGACGAACUGGGAAACUUCCUGCACGACAUGACGCGGGAAAAAGGCUUCAUCUGCAACGAACAGGAAGCUGCAGUGCAGCACUUGUACACCAUCACCCUCGCAGUGCACACGACCUUCAGCUCGAUAGCGGGGACCACGAUGGACUUGGCGGGGCCGCUGGCGACGGCUGCGCUGGGGCAGGUCUUCAACUUCGCGGGGUGGGCGCUGCUGGCCUGCAGCACGGCCAGCAGCAGCAGCGGCGGCAGCAGCAGCAGCAGCAGCAGCUUGUACGCGGGCUUCGUCUUCAUCGGCAUGGGCGCAGACAUGGGCUUUCUGCCCACGCUCUGCAUCACGCGCCUCUUCCCCGGCAGCGCGGGCCUCAGCAUAACGCUGCUGGGGAGUGCAGCCUCUGCUUCCUUCGCGGUGCCCCUGGUGCUGGAGAGCAUCUACAAGGCUGUGGCCGCGGGGGGCCCCCCGGGGGGCCCCCCGGGGGGCCCCCAGAAGGUGUUCUGGGCGUACGCGGGCCUGGGCCCCGGCCUGUGUCUGCUGCUGGCGCUGCUGUUCGUGCCGCGGCGGGGCUUCCGGGACUUCCGGGACGCGGCGCAGCGCGAGGCGCCCACGCAGGCGCCCUGCGAGCCCGCAGCAGCAGCAGCAGCAGCAGCAGCAGCAGCAGCGGAGCCGGGCUGCGAGCUGGACCUGUGCAUGCAGGUGCAGGUGGCGGACCCCGCGCCCGGGGACUCGCGCUGCGCCAUCCCCGGGGCCAGCUUCUUCAAGCAGCUCUUCUCCGCCAAGUACUUGGUGCUGACGCUGUACUUCGUGGGGGUGGGCUGGGCCAGCGCCUUCUACCAAGAGGCCCACAACAGACUCUUGUCGGAGGCGGCGAAGGACUUUCUGAAGGUGCUGCUGCCGCUCUCCUUCCUGCCCUGCAUUCUGUGGGGCUACCUCGCGGACCGCUGGGGCAUUCUGCGCGUCAUCUGCGCAUGCAACACCAGUGGUCUGCUGAUGUACCUCUUCACGUGGGGCGGUGGUCCACUGGGCUACCUCUCCGUGCUGUGCUUCGCGAACUACAUGUCCGUCUUCACCUCGCAGGUCUUCGUCUACAUCGAGCAGCACUUCACCUACGAGCACUUCGGCAAGCUCAUUGGCCUCAUUCAGAUGGUCGGCGGCCUCAGUUCCCUCGCAUGCAACCCGCUCUACUCCAAGGUGGCUUUGAACCCCGCCAUUCCCAACGGCCUCCGCCUGGUCCAGGGGGUCAUGGUGGGCCUUUGCUGCCUCCAGUUCUGCUGGAUUGCGGCGCUCGCGUGGCUCGGCCGCAGCGACAAGAGCCCCGCGCAGCUCCGCGCCAAGCAGCAGCGCGCCGCCGGCCUCCAGCUCACCGACCCCAGCCUUUCCCCCGCGCCCCGGGACUCCGUGCCCUAG